CGAAAAAUAAAAUAAAAUAUUUUUCAUUUAAAAUUUUGCUUCCGUUGUUCUGAAUUUAGUACAUAAUUGCUAGGAUGCUGAUAAUUGCUAGGAUGCUGAAGUAAGGGAAUAACAACGUCAUAGGCAAGACCAUAGACUGAAUCUUUUGCCAGCUUACAAUCAUGCACAAUAAGUGAAUUUUAGAAAACAUGUUACCUACUAUCAAUAAGAAAGUUGACAAUCAGUACAUGCUGUAAAUAUCACCGCGAAAUCCGAAUCUAUAAUAUAAUAUGAGACUUUCGUUGACCCAUGAAAGGAAAGAGCUAUGCUACGCCUCCAACAACAGUUGUUCCACCCGUUUCAGCUACUCUGCCACCAGCAUCUCUGACUACACCUCCACCAGCAGUUACACCAAACGUCUCACCACCACCAGCUCCAAAGGUUGCACCAGUUAUCAGCCCAGUAGCUCCGCCUCCACAACCACCACAAAGCCCGCGUGUGCCAGCUCCAACCGUCUCACCACCGCUUGCACCAUCCUCUCCCCAACCGGCAUCACCACCACCAGCAACUUCUCCACCACCAGCUUCACCGCCUCUAGCGCUUACACCAAUAACUCUACCACCAGCACCAGCUCCUCCCAAGCACAAGAAAAAGCACAAACACAAGAGGCAUCACCAUGCCCCAGCUCCAGCACCAACUCCUCCAAGCCCUCCAUCUCCUCUAGUUCUAACAGAUUCCCAGGACAUGUCUCCAGCACCAUCACCAUUUCAGAACGCGGUAACACUCUCUUACUAAACUACAAUCUUUAAAAAGAAACGCACUCUCACCAAACUGAAUUAUCUAACAAUCUUUAAUUUCUGGUUUUACAGAAAGGAGGAAAUGCCUUUAACCAGUGUUGUAGGCAGAGAUCCAGACUACUCAAAGGCUUGACUGAGGUUCAAGAGUUCGGACUGGACAGGACGAACGGAUGGCCACGGGAGCGGCUAGACGAGUGCGAUAAGGGGAGGAUCGGUCGGUUUGUACCUGAAACAAGAGGGAGUGAUUUUUAUGAGUUUUAUGGAUUAAAAUGAAUAACAGAGAGUAUGUUAACUGAGAAAUAAAGAACAUAAACAAUAUGAAUUUUUAUGGAUUUUUAUUUUAAUGGCCGAUCUGAAACAAUAGAUGCAAUGAAACAAAAACAAGAGAAAGAUAGAGAUGGAUGAUGGAUUCAAGUUGCUGGACGUGUGUCUCUCUCAACAAGAACAGGGGAUGGUUUGAAGGAUAGAUAUGGAUCCGGUUCUUGCUGGACGUAU